GGUUCCAAGCCGAAGAAGUUUGGAGCCUUUCCCUUUUGGCGAGCGUCCCGGAGAAGAUGUUCUAGGAACUCGGGAACUUUGCAGAAAGAAGAUCAUUAAUUUGCAACUGGAGUAUUACUUUGCAUCAGAUACUAAAAUGAAAGAACCUCCACUGGAAGAUGAGUGUGACAAAGCAAUGGCACUACAGCUGGAGCAGCUAGAUAAAAUUGAGACAGAAAGCAGCAAUGCUCAGGAAUCUUGUCAAGCCCACCACCCCAAAACUCAGGAGAGUGAACUGAAAAACACUACAUUUUCGGACAAUGCUAUUCAAGCUUCCUGCUCUGGUUGUAAAAAAAUCCUCCAGAUGGGGCAAACUGCCUAUCAGAGGAAAGGUUCUACUCAGCUUUUCUGUUCUACAUUAUGCAUCACUGAAUACAUUACAUCUGCCAAUUCUUCACUUCCUACCAAGAGAACUUGCUCAAACUGCUCAAAAGAAAUUUUAAACCCAGAAGAUGUGAUCACUGUCCAGAUAGAAGACAAUACUACUGCCAAAAAUUACUGCAGCCAAUCUUGUUUUUCGUCAUAUGAAGAAAAAAGAAAGCCAUGUGUUACCAUGUGUACUAAUAGAAUUUUGGCCAAGUGCAGCAUAUGUCAAAAGACAGCUAUUAUUAAAUAUGAACUAAAAUACCAGAGCAUGAAACACAGUCUUUGCAGUAACACCUGCUUUUCAAAGUUUCACUCUGUCAACAAUUUCAUCAUGAACUGUUGUAAGAACUGUGGAGCUUAUUGUUAUACCAGUUCUAGUCUGUUGCGUCUGUUUCAAAUGGAAGGACAGCCUCAUAACUUGAGUAAUUUGAAGAAUAUUUCAGCAUAUAAGCAGCAGCAGAAACCAGCCAAAACAUUUUGUGUGUCAUCAAAACCAUCUUAUGAAGUAAUUGAAAUUACUAAUCACUCCGGGGAGACAGAGAUAUUCUGCUCUCUUAAUUGUUUAUCUGCACACAAAACUGUGGUGGAAUCUUCUACAGAUGUUGCCAUGGUGCAAGAUGCUGCAACAGAUCCUCUUUCUCCAAAGAAAGAAUCUAUUCCAGUUAUAAGCAACAUAGUGUCAUUAGCAGAUACUCAGGUUUCCCAGCCCAUCAUGAACAGUGAUCUCUUAGAAGGUACAGAUUCUUCAGUUGGGACAAAUGAGAUCACAGAUAUCUGUAAGAACUCGCCCAAUGAAUCAAGUGAUGGUGUUGGUAAUAGUUUGGAACAGCCAAGCCUUUUACCGUCUUCAUCAGUACUCAAUCAGCAUACAGUUGAUUCCAGUACUGAAGUGCAGAUAGACAAAGUUUCCAGCCAGGGUCCUACAUACACUGGGAAAUCUGUGAAAGGAAGUGAUGGUCUCUGUCACCCAAAAUUUACACCCAAAGUACAAAAAGUUGAAGAUAAACCACAAGGUAUUAAAAAAUCCCGGCGUUUGGAUUUCCAGCAUUUGGAGAACAGUAUUAAAAAAGAUGUGCCAUUUUGUUAUUUUUGCCAUUUAUUCUACCAGAAAAAUUUUACCUGUAGAGAAGAAUCAUUUGCAACGCAAAGAGCUUGUAAUUUGAAAAGACCUCUGGAAAAUUUCAGGAAGCAUGAAGAAAGUGAAAUACAUUUGAAAGCAGUUCAACUUUGGAGACAAUACCAGCUUUGUGAUGAAGCUAUCCAUGAUAAUUCAAAACAAAUUGAAGAUAGCCGUAAAAAGUACCUAAAGCUUAUAAUUGAAAAUAUUUUAUUUCUUGGAAAGCAGUGUUUACCACUAAGAGGAAAUAGCCAGUCUAUUUCACCUGUAAAUAAAGGCAAUUUUUUAGAAUUGUUAGAAAUGAGAACGAAAGAUAAAAAAGAAAUGUUUCAACUUGGGAAUUCAGAAGUUGACUUCUAUAAUAGUACACAGACACAAAUUGAUAUCAUUGAAAUAAUAAAGACUGAAAUGUUGCAGGAUAUUGUGAAUGAGAUCAAUGUCUCUCCUGCUUUUUCAAUAAUAUGUGAUGAGACAACUGGCAGUUCCAUUAAAGGACAAUUUUCAGUUUGUGUAAGAUACGCACAGAAAACAUCAACGGCUGUCUUAAUUAAGGAACGGUUUCUGGGUUUUGUUGAUAUUGAAGAGCUGACUGAGACCCACUUACAUAAGAAUAUCAAAACAUACCUACAGCACCUUGGAGUUGACUUGAGUAAAAUAUCUGGCCAGGCCUAUGAAAGUACUACUAAUUUGAGGCUAAAAUUUAAUAAAAUGGCUACAGAAUUCAAGAAGGAAGAGCCAAGAGCUUUAUACAUGCAUUGUUAUGCACAUUUUUUUGAGUUUGCAGUAACUGGGUUUUGUAAGGAAAUAAAAGAACUUAGAGGUGCUCUAAAUACUCUCAGUUCUUUGUUUAACAUUAUUCAUGUAUCUGGAGAAAUGUUCGCAAAGUUUCAAAACAUUUGCAAACUUGGUCAAGAUAAAACAUGCAAGAAACAUAUGUCACAAACAUGUUACAUAGUUCAUGAUGAUGUGUUACUAUCUGUGAUUGAUGGUCUUCCAGAGAUUAUUGAAACACUGGCCUUUAUAUCAUGCCAUUCUAACAGAAGUCUGGCUGGUGAAUUGAGCGACUUGCUGACAUUGAUUUCCAAAUUUGAAUUUAUCUUUUGUUUGAAAUUUCUUUAUCGAGUCCUCAGUGUUACAAGAAUUCUUUCCAGAGAGCUGCAAAGUGAAACCAUGGACAUUUUUUCUUUGUCUUCAAAAAUAGAAACAGUUUUGGAAUGUUUAACCUCUGAAAGAAGUGAUGCAUUUUUUAAAAUAAUCUGGGAUGGAGCAGAGGAAAUACGUAAAAAAGUAACCAGUAAAGGUUUUGAAGUCGAAAAACCUUCACUUCAAAAAAGAAGAAAAAUUCAAAAAACUGUAGAUCCUGGCAAUUCAGAUAGUAUGCUUUUUUCUACUUCAACAGACGAACAGUAUAAAAUUAGUAUUUAUUACCAAGGAUUGGAUACUGUACUACACAAUUUAAAGUUAUAUUUUUCAGAGUUUGAUUAUUGCAAAAUGAAGCAAAUUUCACAGCUAUUACUGAAGUGGAAUGAGCCAUUAAAUGAAACAACAGCCAAAUAUGUUCAAGAAUUUUGUAACCUUGAUACAGACAUUAUCCCUGAACUUAGAUUUUAUCAGCAGUAUGCAAAGCUUAACUUCGUCUCACAUUCUGAUUCCAUCAACUUCAUCAACUUGGGUUAUCUAUUUAUUCAACAUGGUCUUUACAACAAUAUUCCUUCAAUCUCCAAGCUGUUACAUACUGCUUUAUCUUGGCCUAUUACCUCACUGAGUGCUGAAAAUUUAUUUUCUACACUUCCUCGUCUUAAAAGAUACUUAUUUCAUACCAUCGGACAAGAGAAGCAUAGUGGCCUAGCCCUGAUGGCUGUUGAGCAGGAAUUAGUAAGUAAAUUGGUAGAGUCUGAAGGACUCAGUGGAAUUGUAGAAAAGUUUAUCAGUCAGAAGAAAGGUACAUAACACCUGAAACUGAAUUUGUGUUGUCCUAGUGAGGUUUGUAAGUUUGUUGCCUAGACUGGUGUGCAUUUUGUGAGCUUAAAUAAUUAUCCCACCUCAGCCUCCUAUGUAGUUGAACUGUAGAGUCUCAUCAAUACUCUGGUCUUGAGAUCCUAGUUUUUAUUUCAAAAUUACGUCUCCUUUUUAUUUCCUGUUUUUAUUAUAGUUUUACCUUUUAUAUUUUUAUAUCUUUUUUUAAGAAAGUAUCUUCCCUAGACAAUAUAGCACAAAUUUAAUUAAAAAAUUCAAAAGUUACAGAAUGACAGUGAAUUCCCCAUUCCUUCUUUAGUACUCAGUUCCACACCUUGAAUUUGUACGUUUCUUAAAUAUAUUUAGAGGUACUUGCAAUAAGUAAUAAGGUAGAUUAUACAGGGUUUUUUUCUCUGUAAUGUAUAAUGGGUGUUACUAAACUUGAAGAUUUUUUUUUCUUGAUAUUAGGUCUCAUGUGUUGCUGAGGCUGACCUUAAACUCAGACUCAAUCAGUCUUGCUUCAGCCCCUUGAGUGCUAAGACUAGGCAUGAUGCACUACUGUGCCCAGAUUGUGCUUUGUGUGUGUGUGAGUGUGAGUGUGAGACAUGGCUUCAUUACUAUGUAAACCAGUCAUGGACUUAAGCAGUCCUGCCCUAACCUGGAGUGCUGAAACUAGUGCUACUACACCCAAAUUAGGAGUGGGUAUCUUUUUUUCUUCAUGUGUGAGACCAAAGUUUCAUUUUGUACCUCUAAUCUUAAACUUAUGGGCUCAGGCAGACCUUAAGCUCGAGUGCCAAGACUACAGCACUAUCAUGCCCAGAUUGUGGGUUCUUUUUUUGUGUGUGUGUUUAUGUGUGUGACAGGGACUUUCAGUAUUGCCCAGGCUGACCCACAACUCACUAUUACAAUAUACAAGUUGUGGGGCUUUUGUUUUUCAUUUUUAUGACAGGGUCUAAUUUCCAGCCCAAGCUAGCCUUAAACUCUUAAGCAGUCCUUCCUUAAGCUUGAGUGCUGAGACUGCAGCACUAUCGUGCCCAGGUGGUGGGGUUUUUUCUUUUUCUUUCUAUGACAAGGCCUUUGUUUUGUGUCUAGGCUGCCCUUAAAUUCAUAGGCUUAAACAGACGUGUACUAUUGGGAUGCCCAACUUGGGGGCUCAAGCAGUUCUAGAGGCCUCGUAUGUGUUGAGACUAUAUGCACAUACUAUUACUAUUCCCAAAUGGUGUGUGUGUGUGUGUGUGUUGGGGGGUGGCAGUAAGAGGUGUUAUUUUUAUGACAAGGUCUUGUUUUGCAGCUCAGGCCACCUUUAAAUUCCUGGGCUCAAACAGUCCAGCCUCAAGCUCAAGUGCUGAGAAUACAGCACUACUAUGCCCAGAUUGUGGGUGUUUUUUUUCUUUUUCUUUUUGUGUAUGACAGGGCCUUGUUAUGUUGUCCAGGCUGCUCUCAAACUCACGGUUUAAUAACACAGGCAUGUAUUAUGGCCAUGCCCACUUAGUGUGUGAUUUUUCUGUUAUUUGUGUGUGUGAAACAGGGUCUUCUGUUGUCUACACUGGCCUUAAACUAAUGGGCUCAAGCAGUCCUACCUUAAUCUCUUGGGUGCUGCAACUAUAGGCAUGUACUACCAUACCCAGCUUUUGUACAUUCAUUGUGGGUAGGGGUUUUUUGGUUGUUGUUUUUUAUAACUUUGGUAACAGGGUCUCAUGUAGCCCAGACUGGCCUCAAACUCAGAAUCAUUAUCCCUGAUCUUCCUAAUUAUCAACAUGUACACUUAUCUUUCUGACACUGACAGAUUGCUUUCUUUAAGAAUUGGCCAAUUUAUAUUCCCAACAAAAAUGCAAGAAUUGGUGUUUCCUCGUCUUCAGUCUCAGUAGAAUUUGGAUUGGAUAACUGUCCAUUUGGGUCAUUUGUAUUUAUUUGAACUGUUAAAUUUCUCAUUAAAAUUAUAUUUUGGGUGUUUAUACUUUUCAACUGGAUAAUGUUCAUGUUAUGAAAACCUGACUACUUUUCAAAUAACUACAACAGAUGGGCCUCUUGUGAAAUUUUGUAAAAAAGUUUAAAUAAAGGAAAUCUGUUCUUUAGAGA